UUUCCUAAACUGCACUUUACUGGUAAUGGAGUUCUGACUCGUCCCGAAUACCACAAUUAAUUCCCGCCUAAGGUCCAAGUAUAAACCUUAUCGGGUGCAGUACAGGAUAAGUAUGUUUAAAUAUCGACCCGAGCCGAUCCGUGUACCCCUGCUUCAGUCAUUCGGAUCAUUAUCUAGCAACAAGGUUUUGGUUGAAAAGUUUGCUAAUUAAAGUAAGGCAAAAUACAUUUGUAUAGCCAAAACUUUAACUAUUUGGCCAUAACCAUAUUUGGCUAAAUACCAAAAAUAGCCACUUCCGUCAAAUUGUUUGACGGUGUUAGUUAACGUGCUGACUGGACUAACGGAAAAGCUGACAUGUCAACCUUUUAGUUAAUAAAAAUAUGAGGUGAAAUUAACAGACAAAAUAAAAUAAAAUAAUUAAAUAUAUUUUUUAUUAUCUCUCUCUCCCUCUCUGAUUUUUCACCUUCCGUUCCCCAACCAUCGUGAACAGAUCUGAAAAUCUUCAAUCUUCUUCCUCUCUUCUUCCUUACGAUGAGGGGGGAAGCCAACCAACAAUAACAAAACACACAUGAGUCCAACGCCAUUAGAAUUCUAAUUAAAGAGCUUUUUUAUAUUAAAGUUUUUCCUUUUCAUCAACUUCUUCCUCUUCCCCUAAAUUCAGUCGCUUCCUUUUCAGGUACCCUUCCAUCUCUCUCACCUCUUUUUAUUCUCCUCUGCAGCUUCUUCGGUUUCCUCUGUUUCUUUUGUUGUUGUUGUUCAAUUUGGUGAGGUUGGUUUUUUUGUGGGUGAAAUUUAGAAAUGAAAAUCUAAUUCAUGGAAGACAGAGCCUUGAAAUAAAGCUUGAGGAGCGAAGUUAUGGCUUCAGUGAAGUAUCCUCAACAAAACCAGCUACAGCAAGAUCUGAGGUUUGAAGAUUUCCUGUGCUUGAACCCCAGUUCAGCAGAGGAUUUCACGGUCACCGAGAAGACGAACUUCUCCACAGUCAUGCGAAACAAGAGGUAUUUUUUCCUGGUGCUCCUGAAGCGAUCCAGGAGAGAACGAAGGCAGAGGACCCCGUUGGCGGUGCAGACAACAGCGGAGAUUCGACACCUGUUCUCUUCACUGUCGGCACCAUCCUCUUUGCUUCAUCUUGUCCGCGACCAAAACACAGAAUCGACGGUUCUGGAGGCCGGUAGUGGGAGACGAUGGUGAGCAGUGUAGCGGGGGAAGAUCGAUUCCGUGGAGAGGAUUCCUCUGUCCCUGACAAAGACGACGUCGGCCUAGAAUCAGAUAGAAAGAAGAUUUAUGUGAAGGCGACGGCUCGAAUUGUGGAUUGGGGUAAGUUCGGGAAGAUCGAGAGAUUGGGAUCAAACACUGGGGGAGAAGAAGAGGGUUCGAUGAGAUUAGUGAUGGGGGAAUUUUUUUUAAAUGACUUGUCAUCCACCAUUCAAUGAAUGCUGAGGUGGAAA